CCUACACAUGUAUUACUAGAAGAACCCCUUCGCGUGAGCGUUGUCGCGGAAGCCCGCCCGCCGCAGCGACCGAUUGUGGCGCGCGACGGAGUCGGGGUCCAUGUUCGAGCCGUCCCAGUUCGACCACUUGGCUUUGUCGCGCUCCCGCGCCGCGUCGACCUUCUCGCCGUUUCGAUAGACGAUGCUCGUCCGCCCUUUUUGCGAAGCGGGCCGCCGCGGCGUCGUCAUGCGCAGGUACGCGAUGCGACCGUCGAAGGCGUCGACCAAACGCGCCGCCUCGGCCGGGUCGGAGACGUCUCGGAAAAAGGCCAGCUCGGACCGCGCUUGUUGUAUGGCUGCGCCCCUCUGCUGUUUGGGCAUGGCGGCCACGACGCGCAGGAAGGCGCGGUAGCUGUGGAGAGCCGCACUCAUUUAUGUGACGAGGUGUGUGCCGGCAGCGCGCUUUUGGCUACUCGGUGGCAGAUGCUGCACAGCAAGAGAUGAUUAGUGGUGCGCCGGCAGCGCGAAAUUGGUACUCCCGUGGCACGCUUCGAUAAAUUCCGCACCGCAAGAAUGCUUAGCGAUGGUCUGCACUUUCGUACGACGGGUACGACGUCAAAAAGCUGGCGCUGCGGCAAAAAAUCC